AUGUCAGCUACAAACCCCCUCCUCGCCGAACUCGCCGCGAUCCGCCGCCGCCACCACGAACACACCCAACCACCCGCUCCUCCCGCUCCCCCACCAGCGCCCACCCCCCCACCACCACCUCCCCCUGGCAAAGCCCAGCUAUACAAACCCACCAACCCCCCACCCCAGCCAGGCUCAAGCAGCGCCCAGCCCUUCGAUUUCGCGCGGCGCCUCCCACCCGCUGAUUUCGUCGUCCUCGACCCCACCUCUGGCCGAGGCCAGCCGCCGCCGCCGCCGUUGUUCCCGGGCUUCAGAGCAGGCCAGCCACCACUCUCCAACACUCGAGCAGGCCCGCCGCCACUCUUCAACCCGCCGCCCAGAGCAAACCAGCCUCCUGCACCACCCCUCAACACUAGAGCAACCCAACCUCCAGCAAACGGAGGCCGCCCGCCAGCACGCCCCUUCCAGGGGCCGGCACCGCCGCCCGCAGCACCGUCGCCGGAGCGGCUCAAGUAUCUUGCGGAGCAGAGGAGGGCGCGUGAGGCGGCUAAGAGGGAGCGGGAGAGGAUACUGAGGAAUAUCGAGGAGGAUAAGGUGCGGAGGAGGGCGCAGGCGGGGAGGAGGUUUUAG